AUGAGCGCUGCGCCUCGAGUGCGCGUCUGCGUGCAGGUCCUCGCUCUGUCCUCCCGAAGCAGGAACUGGGAGGUUCUGAAGAGCAACUCUGACCCGCCGAGCUGUCACCAGGAGGAUAUUCUUCUUAUUAUGGCUCACAACGAGUCGCAGGUCAAUUUAAAUGGGACUCAAGUUUCAUACAUUGGACACGACGCUGAGGAGAUUCCGUACUUCCUUGGAGACACAUACGGACAGUUUGCCAAACGACUGGAUCUGAGCUUCAACCAGCUCAGGUCACUGGCAGGCCUCAAAAUGUUCACUGAGCUGGAAGAGCUGGUCGUCGACAACAAUCAGCUUGGAAAUGACCUCCAGUUGCCCAGGUUACCCAACCUGCACACCCUGACACUCAAUAAGAACCAACUGACUGAUAUCGAGGCCCUGCUGGAACACUUAGCUGAUUUGACCCCAUCACUCCAGUACCUAAGCCUGCUGGGGAACGAGGCCUGCCCCAACCAGCUGGUUAGCCCGGAUAAAGACGAGGACGACUAUCAGCGAUACAGGUCUGUUACUAAACUGUCAUGA